GGUUGCUUGUGUCACAAUGAAAUCAUUAGAAAGUUAUUUCAAAGGCGAUCUCGUGCUGCAGUUGCUGUUGCCGAUGAGCUUCAUUCUGUGAUCGCGCGAAUUUACCGGAUUAUGGCAAGAUUAUUGUCUCGAAAAGAGACGAAUAAACGGAAAACACUAUUCCGAGAUGAGGCGAUGGAAGCGGCAGCCGCUCUUCCGAGCGAUGACAUAACUUUUGAACAGGCUUGGAUCAUCCAUAAAUUAGAUUGCCUGGGUUGUCUUUUGCACGAUGUCCACAAUCCCAAGUCGACUAAUUGCCGCGACAAUCCCUACUGUAUAAAGAGGUUAGGAUUAGAGAAAUUUGAAAAGUUGAUCAAGGCAGAGAAAAUCAACACGGCCAAAGUUGAAGAGAGCCAAAAGCGACGGGAUAUAUUGGAAGUUCCUUGCGGUCUAACCAACUCUGGAAAUUUUUGUUAUGUUAAUAGUUUUUUACAGGUGUGGUACAAUGAUCCAGUUUUCCGGCAAAUUAAUUUUCGACUGGCGACCCUCUGCAGAUUAUGUUCGGUGGGACCUCCUCCACCCGCAAUGGAUGUAGAAGCUGUCAUGAAUAGUCUGCAGCACUUGUUCUAUACUAUGCAGACCACCCCAUUUGAAGAUACCGAUGAUAAUCGUCACUUUACUGGUGCUCUAAGGCUCGGAAAUGAACAGCAAGACGCCCAAGAGUUUUCCUUGGUGCUGUUCGAUGCAUUGGAUCGAAAUCUUCCAAAACAUCCACACGGCGAAGAAAUUCGGCAAAGAAUUCGCGAACGUUACUCAGGAUCCACAUCUCAGCGAAUUUGGUGUACCUGUGGUAAGGAAAGCAGUCGAAGCUCACCUUUUACUGCGCUUCAACUGAAUAUUGACGGGUUCAAAACUCUUCACGAAGUGUUGGAUGCAUAUUUUGGGGAAGAGCUCCUGGAGGAUUACCUCUGUGAUGAAUGUGAGCGAAGGGGUUGCGUAAAACGACAAACACUUCCAGAAAAGUUGCCACCAGUUGUUAUGUUGCAGUUGAAUCGAUACGUGUUUGAUGUAAAUGGUAGAAAUCGUAAGUUGAAGACACCAAUCAUUUAUCCACGGGAGCUAUCUGCGCGAUCAUUCCACUUGAACGUUUCAAAAUAUGAUGAUUUUGAUUACGAACUUUUUGCUGUUAUGAUCCAUGAGGGAGACAACACCUACUGUGGCCAUUAUUACGAUCUUGUGCGACAUCCAUUCACAGGAGUCUGGUACAAGUACAAUGAUGAGCACGUAGAACCGCUCGCUCGACCACCAGGCGUUCGAUCGAAACUGAGCACAAGUUCGAUGGGCAAACAAAAGAGACCAUGGCGAAACACUGAGAAACGUUUGAACGAUCUGACGUUACGAUAUACCCAGCUAAGCUCUCUCUUGAGGCGCUCGAGUAUUUGUGAAUUUCAGACUAAUGCUGAUAGGUAUAAAACACCUAAAGACGUAGCGUUUCUGCCGACGAAGAUGUUAAGUGACAUCCUUGAGAAAGAGUAUGCUUCUAUGGCUUCAACCGAUGAGAAAACCGAGAUUCUCUUCGGUGAUGUGAAAGCCGUAUCUCGAGUCACUGCAGAGUCCCUUCUUUCCCAGUAUGGCAUCACUACAAAAAUUAAGUACGACACUGAUGCUUCUGAAAACUUCCAUCCACUUCUGACCGGAUGCGACAUUUGUGUCGAUUGCGUAAAGGAAUUAAGACGAGAGGGCCAGUUUCGAGACAGCCUAGAAAGUCAUGUCAAGUUAGCAAACCGAAUUUUCAAGGACAAAACGAGAAAGCCCUUUGCUUACUGCCAGCUCUUGGACAGGUGUUCCUUGUCUCGCGUGCCGAAGCCCGAAGGCUAUCUGUACAUAUCGAAGAAGUGCCUUGCCAAUUUCAAGAAGUUGGCUUUGCGGGAGAUGGAACACCAGCACAAACUACAAUCAGCUGGAGCUACCUUGCACUUUGUGGUCGACCUUGCAGCGGUGGAUAGUAAGUACUCUGCCAGUGCAAGCUCACCGCGUCGGAGCAGAGGUGCACGACGCAAACGAUUAAUGGCAAAGAGUGAAGACGGAUCGCCUUCUUGCAAUGGAUGUCACACACCAUCGAAGCAUGCCAAAGAUGACGCCAGUGCCGAUACAUCUAAUUGUGAAGCAACAAUGGGAUCAUUGGAGAUGAAGGAGGAAAAUGAUGACAGUGCAAAUGGAUUAGGAGAGUUGCAUAGAGUUCUGAAAGCUGACACGGAGGACAGGAAGAGCGUUGUAGUGUGGAGUCGGGUGCCCAACCGAUGGAAGUGGACCGUUCGCGAAUCGAGAGCCUCUAUUGCUUUGUUAGAAGUCUGCCAAGAUAUUACUGACACUGAGCAAGUAGCGAUUGGAAGGCCAAGGCCAAUAGAAAACGGUAGUGAAAGGCUUGAAGAAGGAGAAGUAGAGAAGGCAGCCCAGGAACAAUGUGAGGCGCAGAGUGCCGAUUCUUCACCACCUGAGCGACCAUCAUCUUCCCCAUUAGAGCGCCCAUCGUCGUCCGCCAGUCGAUCGAGCACUCACGAAUCCGGUGCAGUCGAGUUCAAUUCAGAAUUGCGAUGUGAACACGGUGGCAUCAACCUCGACGAAUUUCGCCAAGCGGUCAGUCCCGAGGAGUGGAAGCAAUUGUCAUCUUAUUUCGAUCCCACAACCACUUUUCUCGUGCGGUGUGACGAACCAAUCUGUCAGCAGUGUGAACAAGAGUUUAAUGGCGUAUUUGGUGAGCUUCUGCGAAGGAAUUUGACAGACGCGUUCCUACGAGGAGAAUACGGAAAGGAUUCUACUCGGGCUCGGACGUCAUCUCUUGUGCUUCCAUCGAUUUGCCAGGAGUGCGUUAUGUGUUCUCAUGGGUUACCCAAUGUGGGAUUGGCUUGUGACUUCACUAAUGUCCACAUCGUAGCCCUCACGGAACAGGAGUGGACCAAGCUUUGUGAGGAAAUUUCUGUAGGACUGGGAACCAACGGCGCAGAACCUCCGCGACCAAUCACCAUCUUGGAGCAAGGUCAGGGUGCUUUGGUGAGCGACUCGAAGCUCUCAACAUUCAAGCGUUACGUAUAUGAUGACGCGUUCAUCUACGUCGCGUUGAGUGAGGAUGGCGCCUUAAGUGCUCCACUAUCAAAAACAACGAGGCGAACGCAGAAAAACAAAUGUUUCAAAGUGAAAAUGUCGUCUACGGAUACAAUCAAGGAUCUAAAAAUUCAGCUUUACAAGCAAACAGGUCAAACCCCCAAUGAUCAGUUACUCUAUCGAGAGUUAGGUGGUUCACUUCUCGACGGCGAUUCGACUCUAUUCGAAGCUCGUAUUGAGAAGAACAAUGCCGAUCAGCCAUUGAUCCUCAUUGCCCAGUCGAUGUCUGCUGUCUCGGCAAAAUACGAUGAGCAGCAGCCUCGAGCGCCAGAGCGUGGUUUUAUUGAUACGGCUCUCGCUCACUAG